AUGACUCCCGCCUCUCAGCUUAAAACGCUCAGUAAGUCACGCAGACCGAAGAAUAAGAAUAAGGAGAAGUACAAGGGUGCUCUUGCUGCGCAAUCAGCGGUAGAAGCCGCCGCUCUCUUUCGCGUCACGCGCGGCAAUAUUUAG